AUGCUGCGCUGGCCCGCAGCGCUCUUCAUACUGAUCGUGAUUUUGACAUGUGAGCUAUCUAUAUUGCGCAGGCAGCCGCCGUCGCUCCCAAUCGGUGGAGAGAUCAAUGGCCUUGUCCCUCACUUCUCCAUGGAGAAGAAGAUAUUCCGUGCGGACGAUCGAUACGCAUCCGAUCACCUGACCAUAGAGUCGAUCAAUGCGACCAAAGAUCACUGGAAGGAUUUGAUGCCUCGUGGCAGCGGCUUCAUGCACAUUCAAGACUACAAAAAAUACACCCUACCACCUCCAAUGCACUUUGAUGUGUCGCCAGGCAAGGAACUUUUCGCAAUCGCCGUCUUCCACCAGCUGCACUGCCUCAUGCACAUCUCCGCUUUUCUCGACAAACUCACCAUGAAAAUCCGCAACAGGGAGUGGACACUCGAUGAACAGGCAUUAGCGCACAACGAUCACUGCUUCAAUUACAUACGUAGUGCGCUCAUGUGCGCUGCAGACACGACAUUAGAAGGCCAGGCGCAGUCGAAUGUGUUGGGCGAUGCAGCGGGGACUGAUGGUACCGGCGCGGUUCACAUUUGUCGGAAUUUUGAUGAGGUGUCUGCGUGGGCUGAGAAGAGGAGGGAAACGGACGGGAAGGAGCAUUUGUAG